CUUCAUGAGGCGCCGCUUUCGCAACAGAAGUGAACGGCACCGGCGUCCGACACAUGUGGCUAAAUAUGGGUGGCGAGGCUUCAGUUUUGCCGGUCAAAAUACUUGACACCGAGGCACCGGUAGUGUUAGGGUGAACGUUAGCUCACUGCGGGAAAGAGGAACACAAAUCCCGGCUAACCGUGUGACUCUCGCCCGCAGGAAAGUUUCGCUUCUCCGUUUUAAGUUUUCUCUAAUGUCUGUUCCUGAAAACGCCCCUUGUUUACGUGACAGUUGUUCAAUGGUAGCGGAGAGUUAACGUUUUACACUCGUACUGCUUUUUUAGCUUCGUGGUUGGAGUCAAACUGCGCAACAACUUUUGAACUCUCCGGCUGUUGUUGUUGCGUCCCGUGUGAACAGCUGACUCACAGACGGAAGGCCGGGGCCGCACCGGAUCACUGCGAUGUUGACCCCCCUCAUGGUCUGACGAUGAUCGGGUCACCGGACCUGCUGGCCUUCACCGGCACCGAGGGGUUCGGGGAAGGAGAGGAGGACCAGGAUGAGAGUCUACCUGAGGAAUUCUCGGUCCCCCUUCUACCUCCAUCCAACCCCUGGACCUCCACCGCCCAGUUCCACAGAGACUUCAUACUGGUGGCUGAAUUCUCAGAGCAGGUGGGACCCAGACCUGUACUCACAAUACCGGACGUCCCCAGCGUCAUCGGAUCGUUUGACCUCAACCACUUCUCUGUCCGCAUCAUGUCGGUGGACUACCAGGCCUCCGGCCCCUCCCAGGCCCAUCCUGCCUCCGCCGGGCCCCACCUCAACUUCAGCGAGGACUCCAUAGUGGUCCUGGGCGAUUCUGCGGAGGACGCGUUUGCGUACGUUCACCACGUGACCCUGUAUGACCUGGAGGCCCGGGGCAUGGUGCGUCCCUUCUGCAUGGCGUACGUGUGCUCAGACCAGAACAAGCUGAUGGAGAACUUCUCUGAACUGUCGGCGAGCUUCUCGAAGGCCUCCGACAGCCUCAAGACGGGAAACAGACAAGCGUUUUCUAUGGAGCUGCAGAGGAAACUACAGGAGCUCGAGUACACACGGUUGAGUCUGCUACAGGAGGCAGAACUUCCGAUGGCGACCAAUGGGUCCACAGAGGAGGGAGAUGAAGCAGAUGAGCUUGAAGCUGUGGAGCGUCAAAUCUUACAUCAUAGAGACCUCCUCCGGCAGGUCACUUCCUACCCAAACAGGAAGAUGAAACAUCCUGACUUCCUGCCUUACGACCCAGCCGACUCCCUCACUGAUCCGACUGCGUUACUGCCUCCUGAGCGCUGCUCCCCCCCUUCCACCUCCCGCAGGUCUUCUGAGCUCCGCCUGAAGCCUCUGGAGGAGCUUUGCAACAACUACUUCCUGACGCUGAUGAAGGAGCAGCUCGCUGACAUAGAGCGCCGCCUACGUGGCGACAGGAGUGUGCUGCGAGCGGCUCGGGUCACACGGUCGUUGUCCCGGAGGACAACGCUCACCAGCUUCCUGUUUGACUUGUGGAGCCCGGAGGAUGGAGAUGAGGAGGAGAGAGAGAGCAGGAGCGGUGUGGAGGCGUUUCAAUCAGAACCGAUGAGCCUGGAGUCAUUCUGCUCCUGCGUGGAGGAGAUCCCCAUCAAACUGGAGGCGGGAGAAGCCGGGACAGUCACCCCUGACCCCAAUGGUCCCACAGAUAUGACAGGAAGUGUGAGCAGCGGAGACAGCAUUGAAGUGCUCGGGACGGAGAAGUCCUACCGGACGCAGCACGUCGGCGCUGGAUCUGACAGCAGAGAAACAGCAGUUGGGAUGACGGACACCUCUUACAGGCGAGCCGCAGUAGAUUCAGGCUUCAGAAGCGCGCGAACAUACGCCAGACGAGCCAACAGCGAGGACAGCAUCGAGGUGCUGAGUACCACCGAGUCCAUCUGUCCCGACGACCUCACUGCCAUCACGGAGGAAGAAGCAGAGCACCAACCUCUGAGUAACGGCUCUGAGAUCGAGGAGGAGACACGGACAGAGUGUACAUCUGACAAUGUCCUCAAAGAGGAGAAGACACCGACUGCAACUACCUCAUUAAAUGAGGACGAAAACAAAGAGCCUGCUCAGGAAGAUGACGGUCGUGUUGACAGAGGAGAGGCCUUUAAGCAAAUAACUGGUGGUAGUGGUGGUGAAGUUAUAGGGAAAGAGGAGACGGUCUUUAAUUGUUUGAAGAGCAAUCAAGUCCAUGAAGACAAGAUGCCCAAACUACUGCAAGUUGAAGAAGCAGCGGAGUCGAAGCCUCAGUGGUCUGAAGUCCAACAGGCUGUGCGGGCGCUGCCUGACCUUCGUGUCCACUUCGCGGCUGAGGCUGACCGGUGGUCUCCGCCCAGCGCUCCUCUCAGGCUGCUGAGCAUCGACGAGGGGUCCGACUGCACCAGCGUCACCGGCUCCUCAGACCCGCUCUCUCUCACCCAAACCGUCCACAGCAGCACCCGCUUGGAUCAGAGGAGGAGGAGGAGGAGGAAGGCGGGACUCAGAGCCCUCCGGUUCCUCAAACAGAACUCGUUCUCCCAGCAUGCUGUGUUUUGUCUCCUGAGCGGUCGGCCGCUGGUCGUCAUCGGCGGAGACGAGAGUUCGGUCAGAAAGCUGGUGGACGCUCUGAGCCUCUUCCUGCCGGCUCCUGGUCCUGAUGGGAACGCCGUGAUGCUGUGUUUGACCUCGCCGCUCCAGCUGAGCGACCUGCUCACCUGGAGACUAAUAGGACUACACAGAUCAUCCUCCAGCUCUUCGGCCAGCAUUCUUCACUCUCUGACUCGCUACAGUCGUUAUUUGGCGCUGUUGGAUCUGGACCAGAGGACGCUGCGUUGUCCAUCGUACUCCGGCUCCCUCGUCGGCAGACUGGCCGAUCCUCACACCGGCAUCAGCCGAGGCAUCACCUACCUGCUGCACCUGGAGAGCUGCCUGACUGCACUGGCCAACCGGGCUCUGCUGUACACGUGUAAUCCUGCUUCGGGUCGUCCAAACACCGCUGCAGGCAACAAUGGCGGAGGAGAAAAGGACUUCCCGUCCACGCCAGUAUGUUGCAGCAGUGAGCACGAUUUGCGAGUGAUGCAUUUCCUUAGUGACCUCAUCAAACAGCACCACGCAGGACGUGGACCACCGGUUUUAAGGAUCUCUUACAACUCGAUGCACCUGCACAGAAAUACAUAUGCAGCAUAACACUGGAUGGACAAACAACAUCAUAAAGAUGGUCUAUAAUAAUACCUACAACCAAAUGCAAUGAGUUGUGUUGUCUGGCACUGAGGAAUCACGCUUAUAUGUUUUUAUCUGCAGUGUUGAAUGUUAGUGUGUUUGCAUGACUUUUACUGAUUUAUGUUUUUAUUCCGUGGGUCGUGUCUCUUUGGAUUACUGUGAACAAGUGCACUAGUGCCUCACUGGCACCAAAUCAUUUCCCCAUGCUGGCUCAAUCAAUGAAGUACUUCUUUUUAUUGGAGUGUGUUUUUAAAAUGAAGGCUUAUUACAGAAUCACACGUGAACUCUUUGUAAUUUAAGAUAAUUGAGCCACAUAUGAACACUGUGCAAAAAGAAACUGUGACCGAUGUGAGAUUACUGUUCAGCCAGCAUAGUUGUUGCUUGUAGUUUGCGGAUCUUGGUGGUACCACAUGGACUGGUAAUUAUUUACGUUUUAUAAACAGCCUUGACUGUAACUUGCUCUGUUAUUUUAACUUUAGCUGCAUUAGAAUAAGAGACUGCUUCUCUCGGGGUUUAUGCCAGCUGAACAUUUAAUAUGACUGUUCUCUUAAAACAAGCACAGUUCAGCUGAAUUGCCAGGUUGUAAACAAGAAACCUUUUUUGAGUAAUUUUACCGGUUCAUGUGGAAAUUAAAACACUAGAAAUUAGAAUAGAAAUGACAUUUGUCUCCCUUCAGUCCAUUCAUGUCUGUACGGUAACAAUGAAGCUAAAGCCAGCAGCAGGCUAACUUAGCUUAGCACAAAGACUAGAAAUACAGAUCCAAUGGUAACAAAAACCAAAAGACAAACUGCUUUUUUACAGGGAGGUUAUGUGCCACUUCUCAAACUGUCGAACUUUUCCCUGAAGUCUGUCUGAAAAAGGAGGAGCUUCUAUCUAAUUUUAAAAAUCUAUUUAGACUUAAAAUGAGCUAGAUUACAUUUAGCUUGGCUCACAUUAUACUUGCCAUAGUAGCCCACAUAUGAUUUAUGUAUUAUAUAUGUUUUUAAACAUAAUUGGAGCAGCAGAACAUUUAGUUUAAACCCUUUUACUGCACAAACCUUGUGUACUGCAAGUUUUAGCUGACUCUGAAUACAGGAAACGUUUACACAUACGAGACCUUAUUCUGAUUAAAGAUAAAAUGAUUUCAAAAGGACAGAAUAUCUUCCAGGACUGUGCCAUGUACUUACUUUUAGUCAAAUUUAAUUAACAGGACAACGUCUUCCUUCUGUUUAACACUUCACUGUUAUUUUAGCAGUUUGAUUGAUUGAUGCAAAUAUGAGCCAAGUUUAGCAUGUGUGUAUUUACUCUGAAUUCUAAAUUGAGCAACAUAAGCAAUAAAAAACAGCGUCAAAGCAUGAAAA